CGCAAGCACCAUUUCGCCUCUAAUUGGCGCAAGUUGUUCACAGAUUUGAAUUCUAGUAUCUCGCGAUACAGUCAAUCACUACGCAUUACAGAUAAUCCGAGCAUUGUACAACAGGAAGAAGCGGCAUCGCAUCGAAACCAUCUCGAACCAUCUUCCACAGCCAAACAGUCGCAACCAUGUCGGACCUCGACCACUUCAGCAUGCUCCCCAUCCACAUGGACCCCCAGUCCAAGGCCAUCCUCCCCUCCGGCAGCAGACCGUCCCGCGCCCUCGCCGCCGAGCUGGAGAAGCUCAACACGCUGCACCGCGCCAUCCUCAACAUCGAGGUGCCGCCAGGCGCAAUCCCGCUCGUGCCCCCGCCUCCCAUCCCCGUCAACCCGAAGCGCACCGCAAACGUCUCCAAGCUGCGCGACAACGGAAACACGGAGUAUCGCAAGCAGAAGUACGCCGAGGCGGUCAAGUUUUACUCGCAGGGCAUCGAGAUGGCGCUGCAGCGGCCGCUGUGGGAGCCCGCGGCGCUCGUCAGGGAGGAGGUGUCCAUGCUGUAUGCCAACCGCGCGCAGUCGCACAUGGCCAUGGGUAACUGGCCCGAGGGGGCGGUCGAUGCCGAGGCCAGCGUCGAGGCGCGGAGGGUCGGCAAUGCCAAGGGCUGGUGGCGUAGGGGCCGGUGCCUGACGGAGAUGGGCAGGCUGGACGAGGCGCGCGAGUGGGUGAAGAGGGCGCUGGAGAUGGAGGGCGAGGAGGCCGACCUGGUGACGCUGCUCAAGGACAUUGAGGAGAGGAUUGAGAAGUCGCGGGCGUAG